AUGGAGAAUAUUUCUGUUUCCUUGGCUAGUAGUUUUUGGAGGACUCCAGGUGUGGAUUUUUCUUUUCUUCCAUCUAGUGGGGCAGCGGGUGGUAUUUUGACUCUGUGGAAUUCCAAUACUAUGAGGGUGCUUAAUAGUUUUGGUGAAAGGGGUUAUUUAGGAUUGAAGGUCGUUUGGAGGGAGAAACUUUAUUAUGCUGUUAAUAUUUAUUCGUCUUCGAAUUUGGUCAAGAAGAGGAAUCUAUGGGAUAGAUUACUGUACUUGAAAAACAUUUUCUCUGAUGGGGAGUGGGUUUUGGGUGGCGAUUUUAAUGCGGUUCGUAAUAGGAGGGAGAAGAAGGUAGCAUCAUUUUUGAAUUCGAGCAUGGAGUGGUCGGAGUUCGAAGAGUUCAUUCGUGUGUGUGGAGUGGAGGAUGUUCCAAGUCAAUUGGUGGGCGAUCGCGAUAUUUCGUAUCAUUGCCUGGUGAGAUUGUUAAACGACAAAUCUAAUUGGGGUCCCAAACCUUUUAAGGUUAAUAAGGAGUGGUUUUCUAAUAAGGGUUUCAUUCCUUUUGUGAGAAAAGAGUGGCUCUCUAUUAAAGUGUAUGGUAGGGGUGAUUUUGUUCUUAAGGAGAAAUUGAGAAUUCUCAAAGAGAAGUUGAGAUGGUGGAAUGCUAACAUUUUUGGUAAAUUUGAUUUGGAGGUGGAGGAGAAUGUGCGCAUUUUGAAUGAUGGGGACGAGGAGGUGGGGGAAGAUGAUAAUGGGGAGUCCAAUGAGGUGUUGGAGAGGAAAAGAAGGGCUUCGAAGGAUAUUUGGUAG